AUGACAUGGACUCAAAUGGUACAUCCGGUGAUCGGAGGCAGUGCGGACCCUUUCCAAGAAAUGCUGCUGCCAAUGGAGAUGCCUGAUCACCAGUCGACAUAUGGCUAUGCUGGCAGCGAAGACAUGAACCUCCACAACCUCCAAUCUCACGCGACGCCACAACUCAAGCGCUUCUCCAGUGCUUACGAGGAUCCAUUCUCAGACGUGGUUAGUGCCUUUGACAAUGCCAACCAGGAUCAGAAAGACCCUGAGACGCCCUCCAUUGAGCGAGACAACAAACUACUCGGCUUCUCACUACCAACAUUCCCCUAUGGCCUACUGGACUACACCUAUCGGCCGAUCACCAUAUCUCUUUCGGCUCAAUUACAUGGCAUGUUUUUCUUGGCCGAAUCGCCAUGGGCAGCUGCUGGAGAGACACAGCUGCAGCCAAAUGAAUUGACCUGCUAUCGACGGAACUUGUUUCAGACAACGGGCGAGAUUACCUUGCCUCGGACUCUGAGAUAUCUGAUGACAGAGCAAGGAGAGCAGAUCCCUAUCAUGGGACAAGAGUUAAUGAUUAGUGCUACGGAGUCCACAGAAGGCAAUCCCGUCAAAAUCAUAUCAGUACCAUGGAAGACACCAGCGCAUCCAUCCAGCAAUGUCGUGGACGACAGAGCAGAACGGGAGCCUCCGUCGAUACCCUUGGACUUAUUGAAUUACCAGGAGCUCGAGACAGACUUUGCGAGCUUUCCAUUCCAAUGGAAGCGACUGCAAUUUCGAAUAGCCACGGCAAAUAAUGGCCGGAGAAAGGAGCUCCAGCAGCAUUUCGUGGUGCACCUCAAGGUUGUUGCUACUCUUGCUACCGGCGCCAAGAUACCGAUCUGUGAAGUGCACUCGGGAGCGAUCAUAGUUCGGGGCCGGAGUCCACGCAAUUUCCAGGCUCGAAAGGACAUGCCACUAAGCGGUGCUGGUCAUACCAGAAAGACCUCAACGAACGCACCUGCUCAGCUUAGCCGAAACAGUACGAAUGACUCUGGUGUCAAGCAGGCGCAGGAUGGCCCUACUUCGGCUCCAUUGAAGCAAGAGCCGCCGUCGCUGGCAGUGCCGAUGACAUCGUUUUUUGACGAGCCAGUCAUUAGCACAGAUUUCUACGAUUGGAAAGGCAAUGGACAAGCACAGACCGGUGCUAUGACGGCCCUACCACCCAGCACGAGCCCAUUCAACGGUGGUAAUGUGUACGCCAUAUCGUCUCCUGAUCUCACGCGGCUUCGCCAGACGACGUCGGCACCUACUGCGCCUAUAAAUCUGUCGUUGGUAGAAGAUGAUUCGCCAGUGCCAGGUAGUAGUGCCACACCACCCGAUCAGCGAGCAACCAAGAAGGCCAACAUACCUCCUAGGCCACCGUCAUUUGGUCUGAAUACGGUCAAUAGUCCCGAUGAAAGUGCAGAUCUGCUGUAUGAGUACUUUCCACUCGGACUGGAUGACUGGAUGCCACCUGUGGAUGCUGUGUAUCGGCCGCACGUUGUUCAUCACACUAAGCUGCCCACCGAUCCACGAGAUCCCAAGACCAGUGCGAAGAGUCGCAGCAAGCGAUACUUUAGCGAAGAUGUCAGUUGA